ACGAAAGUGAAAGUAUCAUGAGAGACUUAAUGUGCAGCUUAAACAAGGGACGUCUUUGUUCCAGCUAUGGUUUUCCUCUUUAAGAUACUUUUUCUUUUGUGUCUGUGUGCAGGUGUGCAGUGUGUCAGCAACAUACUCUCUCUGAACUGUUGGUUUUUUGACGAAGAAUCUUUAAAAGAUGAUAAAGGAAACCCUGACAUCAGGGUCAUCCACAGAGUGGUUUAUCUGAAGUUUGAUCAGAAAGGAGACGCUCCUGUGAAUCCAGACUCCGUCACUUUCCUGCUCACUGGAACUAAUUUAGACCUUCGGCUGCACUUGGAGGAAGCAAAGGAAGAUGAGCUGAAGUGUGAGCUGCAUCGCUACAGUACAAACGGCGUCCAUGUCCCGUGGCCUCGUCAAGAAACUCAGGACUAUAACCACUGGUACAACUACAUCAUCAGACACAGACUUUUCACUGUCACUGGUUUCCUCAGACAGCCGUCCCUCCUGCCUGCUCCAGGACAGCAUGACUACCACAACUGGACUGUGAUCAAGAAUGGAGACGUCCUCACCACAACAGUUGCUCUGAUCAUGAAAACAAAGACUCCAGAAGUGAAAACAGCCCUGGGGUCCAAAACGAAGCUCGACUGCCAGUUUGUCAUUGACCAUGAGGGAGCAGACUACACUGUGGAGUGGUUCUCUCAGAUCAAUACACGGAGGACACAGCUCUUCAGCCACAACAGCCGCUCAGGGUUGACUAAAGGGACUGGUGUUGAUCUGAAGGCUCUUAAGAAAGGAGACGCCUCCUAUGACCUACCUGCCGUCGAUAAAGUCAGCACAGGGACCUUUACUUGUUCACUGUCCAUGAAUCCCGUGGUCACCAGUCUGAGGAUAGACUGGACCAUUGAAGAGAAACCUAAAGUCUCCCUGACUGUAAAAGAUGUGCUCUCAAUUGAGAACGGCAAAUCUCAAAGGAUUGCUUGUCUCGCAGAUCACUACUACCCUCUGGAAGUACAGAUGGUUUGGUAUCGGUACAAACCGGCAGCAUUGAGCCAGAAGGACCCUGAUGUUUUCAAUAAGACGCACUCCAGCCACCUAAGUAACCAUGACGGCACUGUCUCCCUGUUGUCCUACCUGGACCUUCACCCUUCAGUGCAGGACUCAGGGACACAGUUCACAUGCAGGGUCUUCCAUCAGUCACUGACGGCGCCUAUCAGAAAGACCUUCAUAUUAAAUGUUGAAGAUCCAGUCAGAAAUCUUUUCAUCUUCGAGGUCGUCUUUUGUGCAGCCAUUAUAUCAGCCUUUCUGUACAUGAUUUGCAACAUGCGUUCAGCCAGAAGACGGCGGAUCGGGUUGCUGCCCUACUGAUUGGUGCUGGUGACCUGAAAAGAGCCUCGUCCACCACAGAGAAGGAGGAUCUUCUACCUUACUCCGCACACCUCAGGGUCUCUAUGUUUUCACUGCUGUGGGUUCGUUCAGUUUGUCGGUUAGGGUGAGAUCUUAUUCUGGAUCCAGAAGAAAACUUUGGAUUAUGAUUGUCUUUUCAUCCAGCUUUACUGGCUGAUUGGCUCAAUGGUGAGAACAGAAGAGAUGUAAUUUGAGUGAGUUUCAUAUCAUUUUCUGGAAACUAAAUCCAUAAGAAAAUGUUAAGACUUGUACCCUAAACAAGGGUAUAGAUUUAUCAUGGAUAAGGGGGAGAUAGUCCUGGCAGGUGGAAUAAUGACUUGUUUUUAGUUUAGUUUUUAUGUUGACUGGUGUUCUCUCUCUAACUCCUUCUGGAUCUCUCUCGUUAUGCUGCAACAAUCAUACUUUGUCGCUACAAUUUCAAUUCCUGAAGUGUUUUCCCCUCUCAGGUCUGAUUUGCUAUAAGAUUACAGCAAAGCCAAACUGUGGCACACAUGCCUACUCUCACCUCCUUUCAUAAUCCUUUCAAAUAGAUAUUUUAGAUUCUAAAAAGUGUCUUGUUAUAGUUUGCUUUGGCAUGUGCAUAUUUUAUUUCAGAAAAUCCCUGGGACUUGGUUUUGGGACGUUUCACUGUCAUGCUACAAGUCGGUAUCAUUAAAAGGAGCAUAUUUGCACUAUUUUUCUUUGUAAAUGUGAACUUGUGUAGAUUUUGUAGAAGGAUGUAUGCAGCUUUUCAUAUUGCACUCAACUCUUUGCACUAAAAUGAAAGAAAACUGUGGAGUUGAUCUGAAAAUUCUAUUUGAAUGUUGUGAUGCUGUCGCACGAUGUGACUCAUGUAUUUCAUUAAACGAGGUUGACAUCUUACACACCAGUGCACCUAAUAAUGUCCAUAUUUGAUAAGCUGAUAGCUUUUGAGGUUGGGCUACGAUUUGAGUGAAUAAUAAAUAUGUUCUAUUAGACAGCAGCCCAACCAGAUAAAUCCACUGGCCAUGAAUAUGGGGGCUUCUCCUUGACUUUGUUCACUGAGCUGGAUAGACACUGUCACUUGGGGGAAGAUGGUGGUGAAUUUUGCACAUUCAGAGAGGGAACCAGUGAGGGAGGAGCCACGAAGACACCAGAUGGGUAAAAGGUCUCAGAGUGCAGAGGGGAUCCUAAAGAGUUUUCAUUUUAGUGGGGAUUGCUUACACAAAGUGACUUCAGUAAGUCUAAAGCUCAAAUCAGCUAGGACAAACUUGCAUGUCAGGUGAUUAAAAAGGAGAUAGCAGAGCUUCCAAAUUGUUCAAGCCCCUUAAAUUUUGAUCUUCCCUUGGAUGUAGAGGCAAGGAUUUGACUCUUAAGUCCUUAAGCCCUGCCACUACCUCUGAAGUUCAGAGAUAAAGUUCUGAAGUUCAGGCAUUCACGUGGCGUUUUAUAAAACCUUGAUGAUCAGUGAGUUUAGUGUGGCCAGGAAUGUCCAAUGGGGCUCGAAAGGGUACGUCAAUGCAUUGUGUGCUGCCAUUUUUACAGGCAUUGCCUUUUGGCAGGUUCACACGCUGUGCUACCAGAGACACUCAAACGUUAAGUAAAAAUGGUUGCAAAGAAAAGCAUGUUUAUUAGACCAUGGAUUUAACCCAUGCAUUUGUUUUCUCACUUUGCUAUCUCAUUUGCAGUUUUAUCCAUUAGUAGAUAUUAUUUUCCUUGGUUACAGUGUUUUUGUUUGCUCAUGUCUUUUACUGUUGCCACCUUAUUUCUACUGUUACUUGAACUUUAGCAGGAUCAUUGCAGUGCAAAACAACUUCCUCAAUAAACAGAAGAGAAGUGGUCGCACAUUAUCAUUGCAUGAGUAAAUUAAUAUGUAGAAAGUGAACUGUUCAUGAAACGUCAAAAAUAAAUGAUAGAAAAUAAGCAGA